ACACGUUCUCUCUCUAUAAGAUCGCGAACCCUAUUCUUCUCUUUCCCCUUAAUCGCCGGAGAUUCAAGAUCUUUCACCAUUUGGCCAUUCUAAUCAGACCGCGGAAACCAUGGCGUUCUUCCUCAACAAAGCCACCAUUUUCCGUUCUUCUAUCAAUAAGGCGGAAGAUGCGUCCUCUCUCUCGCGUCGCAGAUUCCAUGUUGAACCAGGACUUCGCGAGAAGGCCCUCUUAGCUGAAGACCCAGUCCUAAGUCGGUUCAAGUCACAUAAGACAGGUGUUCGCCGAAUCAAACGAAUAGGGGAUGUUCUCACCAUCGUUGUUGUGGCUGGGUGUUGCUAUGAGAUCUAUGUGAGAGCAGUAAUGCGAGAAGAAGCUCGGAAACAAUCAAGUGGUGCAUAAUGAGAGGAAUGUGAGUCGAGUCUCUCCUUUCCCGGGGGUAAUUUAUUUUCUGCUUUUGUUUUAUUAAUAAAUUAAAAACAACAGCAGGACAAAAUUAAGUUGUCAAUAAAGUUGAUUGUAUAAGAAGGUGUUGCUUGUGGGUUUUGGAGAUGAUAAUGAUGAUUGUGAAUGUAGGAUAUAUUAUUAUUUUCUACAAACUGACUGAAAUACAGUGUUUCAACUUAAGGGGUAAGCAUUUGGAGUGUCAUUACUUGAAAUUUUAUU